UUUUAGGUGAAAUCCUCUUGUCAUGACCGAGCGGAACUAAUGUUCCUGCCUGUGUUUCCUGUCGGGUCAGGAACGUGGUUGCUCGCGGAAAACCUGUGCGAGAUGGCGGUUGACACCGUGUAGCACUCUUUUGUAUCCGCAGUGUUGGUUCUAUUUCUGCCUUAUUUUAUCCCUGCUUCUGGCACGAGUUAUGGAAGGAGGCAAACCGAGCCUGGCCCUGGUCUACCAGGCGGUCCAGGCCCUUUACCACGACCCUGACCCGGCCGGGAAGGAGCGAGCCUCGCUGUGGCUUGGAGAGCUCCAGAGAUCGAUGUAUGCAUGGGAGAUCUCAGAUCAGCUGCUGCAGCUCAAACAAGAUGUGGAGUCAUGUUAUUUUGCUGCUCAGACGAUGAAGAUGAAGAUCCAGACCUCCUUCUAUGAGCUUCCACCCGAGACCCACAAUGCCUUGAGAGACUCUCUGCUGACCCACAUCCAGAACCUCAAAGAUCUGUCCCCCGUCAUCGUCACUCAGCUGGCAUUGGCGAUCGCAGACCUGGCUCUUCAGAUGGCCUCCUGGAAAGGAUGUGUUCACACACUCAUAGAAAAGUACAACAAUGACAUCAGCUCGAUGCCCUUCCUCAUAGAGAUCCUCACUGUGCUGCCUGAGGAAGUUCACAGCCGAUCUCUACGAAUCGGAGCCAAUCGCAGAACAGAAAUCAUCGAAGAUCUGGCUUUUUACUCCAGCACUGUGGUCACUCUACUGACGUCGUGCGUGGAGAAGACCGGCACUGACGAGAAGAUGCUCAUUAAAGUGUUUCGGUGUCUGGGCAGCUGGUUCAACCUGGGAGUCCUCGACAGUAACUUCAUGGCCAGUAACCAGCUGCUCAUGGUCCUCUUCCAAGUGCUGCAGAGGGACGAAACCUCCACCAACCUCCACGAGGCGGCAUCGGACUGUGUCUGCUCGGCGCUCUACGCCAUAGAAAACGUGGAAACCAACAUGGCUUUAGCUCUGCAGCUCUUCCAAGGCGUCUUGACACUGGAGACUGCCUAUCACAUGGCUGUAGCCCGGGAAGACCUCGACAAGGUGCUGAACUACUGCAGGAUCUUCACUGAGCUCUGUGAAACGUUUUUAGAGACAACGGUCAGGAGUCCAGGGCGGGGCAUGGGAGACCUGAGGAUCCUGGAGCUGCUGCUGAUUUGUGCAGGACACCCGCAGUACGAGGUGGUAGAGAUUUCCUUUAACUUCUGGUACCGUCUUGGAGAACAUCUGUAUAAAAUCAACGAUGCAGACCUUCACACCAUCUUCAGACCAUACAUACAGAGACUUCUGCACUGUUUGGCCCGACACUGUCAGCUCGAUCCUGAUCACGAGGGAAUCCCAGAGGACACAGAUGAUUUCGGAGAGUUCAGGAUGAGAGUGUCUGACCUUGUUAAAGAUGUAAUUUUCCUUGUUGGCUCCAUGGAGUGUUUCUCUCAGUUGUAUUCUACGUUAAAAGACGGGAACCCUCCCUGGGAGGUGACAGAGGCCGUUCUCUUCAUCAUGGCUGCAAUCGCAAAAAGUGUCGAUCCAGAGAACAACCCGACUCUGUCUGAGGUGUUGCAGCAGGUGGUUUUACUCCCAGAAAGCGUCCACAUGGCAGUUCGGUAUACGAGCAUCGAGCUGGUCGGAGAGAUGAGUGAAGUUGUGGACAGAAAUCCAAGAUUCCUUGACCCAGUAUUGAGCUACCUGAUGAAAGGUCUGAGAGAGAAACCUCUGGCGUCAGCAACAGCGAAGGCGAUCCACAACAUCUGCUCAGCCUGCAGAGAUCAUAUGGCGCAACACUUCCAGGGUCUGCUGGACAUCGCUCGCUCCCUCGACUCGUUCGCCCUGUCCACCGAGGCCGCUGUGGGACUGCUCAAAGGUACAGCUCUGGUCCUGGCUCGUCUUCCUCUGGAGAAGAUCGCUGAGUGUCUCAGUGACCUCUGUGCUGUUCAGGUCAUGGCUCUGAAAAAGCUUCUGGCUGAAGAAUCUACAAAUGGUAAAUCGGCUGACCCCACCGUGUGGCUCGACAGACUGGCUGUCAUCUUCAGACACACAAACCCCAUUGUAGAGAACGGACAGACUCACCCCUGUCAGAAGGUCAUCCAAGAGAUCUGGCCGGUGCUGUCGGAGACUCUCAAUGCUCACCAGGCCGAUAACAGGAUUGUGGAACGAUGCUGUCGUUGUCUCAGGUUCGCUGUACGAUGUGUCGGGAAAGGCUCCGCCUCCCUGCUGCAGCCACUUGUCACUCAGAUGGUGAGUGUGUAUCAGAUGUAUCCACACUCUUGCUUCCUGUAUCUGGGCAGCAUCCUGGUGGACGAGUACGGCAUGGAGGGGGGCUGCAGGCAGGGACUGCUCGACAUGUUACAGGCUCUGUGUAUGCCAACCUUCCAGUUGUUGGAGCAGCCAAAUGGUUUAAGGAAUCACCCCGACACUGUGGACGACCUGUUCAGGCUGGCCACCAGGUUUGUCCAGAGGAGCCCCGUCACUUUACUCAGCAGCAGCAUCAUCGUUCACAUCAUCCAGUGUGCCAUUGCUGCCACUUCACUGGACCACCGAGACGCCAACUGCAGCGUCAUGAAGUUUGUCCGAGACCUCAUCCACACUGGAGUUGCCGACGACUAUGAGGAGGACUUCGAGGUGAGGAAGCAGCUGAUUGGUCAGGCCAUGGAGCAGCACGGUCAGCAGCUUGUCACUCAGCUGAUGCACUCGUGUUGUUUUUGUCUGCCGCCGUACACGCUGCCCGACGUCGCAGAGGUGCUGUGGGAGGUCAUGGUGUUUAACAGACCUACGUUCUGUCGCUGGUUAGAAAACGCUCUGAACGGGUUACCAAAGGAAACGUCAGGGGGAGCGGUGACAGUCACUCACAAACAGCUGACUGAAUUCCACAAACAGGUUACCAGCGCUGAAGAGUGUAAACAGGUGUGCUGGGCCAUCAGAGAGUUCACCAGACUGUUCCGAUAGCUGCAACCUUCACCCGACACCAGGUUAAAUGUUUUGUGGAACAACGUUCAGAGGUGACGGCAAAACGCUGCAACUGCAGACGAGAUGAAGAUGAUGAUGAUGGAGGGACUUUGAAUGUGAAACAGGAUGGGUCACUCUGAAGAGCUGACAGUGAACACUGACCGGAUAGAAGUGUCCUCCCCACCUGACCCCUGAGCUCACCUAAGGCUGGGCGGGAGGGGUUGGGUCCACCGGGUGUGCGGGGUCAGGACUGGGAGGAGUUCACUAAGUGAACUAAUGUGGAUUGGUUGUGUUGGAUCUGUGACCAAUGGAACGAUGUGCCUGCACAUUUUUUAAAGAUUUAUUUUUGAGACUUUGGUCAAGAUGUUUGUGCCCGUGCCAUAAAAAGAGCCAAAAGGUUUCCCAUGAUGCUCUUGGCUGAAUGGCUGCCUGCGGAGACACAAUGCUGGGGGAUUUGGCAUCACCUUUGACUUUUUAACUCUGGUUGCAUUUUAGUUGUUUUUCAACAACCUUGAAAGUGUGAACUCUGGGUGGAGAUGGAGGGACUGACAAUGUGACAUCGUCAGUGAUGUAGCCUUGUUGUAAACAAUAAACAACAACUGCUAAGAGCAAA